AUGGCCAUCGAGGAGUUCCUGCGGCCGCUCCACCUCGAUGUAGCCACAGCACACCAGCUCUCGCGCGAGUUCCAUCAAACUUUCCGGUACCUGGCAGCUGAGUCACAAGAUCAGUUUCUCCCGACACCUAUAACUGAGAGCAUUCUUCGUCCUACUGCCGGAAGCGAAAAGGGCAGAUAUCUUGCUAUUGAUAUCGGCGGGACAAACCUCAGGGUCGGCUUCGUGGAGCUUCUAGGUGACGACAGUGAUACCGCCACCCCUUUUGGCGUCAAUGGAGCGGCCCAUGGGCGCCAAAACGGGCACUCGGAGUCGCCAAGGCUGCGAAGAGUUCUGGAGAAAUCAUGGCCCAUUCUCGAGCAUUUCAAGAAUGAGGCCGAAGAUGCUCUAUUUGCAUGGAUAGGUUCCUGUAUUGCAGAAGUAGUGCAAGAUGGAUGCAACCAUUACGACAUUCCGGCAGAUUCAAACCUGCCAUUGGGAGUGACGUUUAGCUUUCCCAUGGUGCAAAGCACCUUGUCACAGGCUACCCUCAUGUCAAUGGGCAAGGGCUUUGCCAUCACUUCAAACCUCGACCUCGGGUCGCAUCUUCUCAAGGGGUACGCGGCUGCCACACAAGGCUCGAGCCUUCCAUCAAUAGAAGUUGUGGCCAUUGCAAACGACUCGGUGGCCACUCUGGUAUCGUUCGUCUACCAAUCACACGAGAGUGCAUCACGCAAGGCAUCAAUGGGCUUGAUCUGCGGUACCGGUUGCAAUGCCACCAUAGCCCUCCGAAAGGAUAUGUUACACCACGGCAAGCUGCCGCUCAAGGUCGGAGUCAACGCUCAAGAAGACCACGAUGAGCAUAUCAAGAUCGCCGUCAAUACCGAAUUGUCGAUCAAUGGCACUGCUCCGGCAUUGCACAAGUACGGACUUGUCAGCGAGUGGGACAAGAAGCUUGAUGCAGAGGGUGACAAACCUGGUUUCCAGCCUCUUGAAUACAUGACGGCUGGUCGAUAUCUCGGCGAACUUGGCCGGCUAGUUUUGGUCGACUACCUCCAACGGGAGCUCGGCCAUGAUAUCGAAAGUCUUCCUACCAAGCUUCUGAAGCGAUUCAGCAUGUCAACAACAUUUCUCAGUCAUUUCAGACCUCCCCAUGCACCGGAGCUACUGGGCAAGCUUCAAGCCGAAUUCCCCGUCUCCGAUGCCCGGUUCCAAUGGACUGAUGACCUUGCAUUGGCAGUAUACAAGAUUGCAAAAAUCAUUGAGCUUAGAGCCGCUGGCAUCAUUGCUGCCGCCACAAUUGGUCUUCUUGCUUGCGCGGGCGACCUACCCUUGGAGCCCCUUCAGGAUCGAACGAAUCAGCCAACACAGCCCAAUGGUCAUGUCCACGCCACCGAGCUCAUUGUAGGUUAUACAGGGGGUUGCAUAGAGCACUUCCAGGACUACUUGACCGAUUGCCAAGACUUCCUUGACCAAACGAUUGAAGCUGAAUUCGGCAAAGAAGCGCCCGUUCGGGUGCUGCUCAGCCCUUGCCACGAUGGCGGCAUCAAGGGUGCGGGUGUUUUGGCCGGAUCUUCCCAGGCGAAACCAGUCGUUCGUGGACAUUGA